UCCUUCUCUCUCACCUGUCUUGACCACUCAAAUGAAGGCGUUCAUGGCCUUACCGUCGGUCCAGGACGGCUUUCGCGCCUCUAUUGAUACGCCACAGCGGCCAAGGAGCUUCUGUCCUGAGUCCUGGCAUCUGUCCAAGACGGACUGUUGGUAAAUUUUCAUCCGUGGCACCUUGCGCUUGGCGUGCUAAAUCUUGGGCUGGACGACUUCUUAAGAUCAAGAGGGCCUGCCUAGGCGAUGUCAAUUCAGGUCUUCCUUACGCUUUGUCACAACGCCAGUCGCUGUUGUCCCAAUGACCUCCCACGCCUUCGAUGGGGUUGUUUUUCUCAAGGACGAGGAAGUUGAUGAGUUUGUCAAAUCGCUAGAUAAAAAUAGUGACGGCAUUAUUGACUAUUCCGAACUGGAACGAAAGCUGGACCAUAUUCACGAUGAGAUCGUGCCAAAGCCUCUUUCCCAUCAUUUGAACCACGGCGACAGGGAUGAACAGGAUCGCCACGAUUUUCUUCGAAGUAUCAUUGGAUCCGAUAAGAAUGCGAUACCUGUUGCAGAAUUCAAGAACAUCGUGCGCUCGUGGAAUGUUCCUUCUCUUGAGCAGGACAAGGAAGCCGCGAAAGAGGAAGAUAACUAUCUCAAACGUAUGAGCUGGUAUAGGCGCUUCAGAGUCUGGUGGGCCGUCGAAGGACCGGAAUAUCUAACCCUCAUCUUGGUUGUCAGUAUUCAAGUUGGCCUAGGUGUGUGGCAAAUGGUGAAGUACAUCACUCAGACGCAAUAUCGCGAUGCGCUUGGAUGGGGUGUCGUGUUGGCAAAGACAUGCGCUGGCUCGCUCUAUGGAACCAUGUUUUUCCUGCUCUUAUCGAUGUCAAGAUAUUUCACCACAUCUAUGCGCAAAAGUCAGACCAUUUCUCGAUUUGCGAACUGGGACCUCUCCCAGUCGUUUCACAUCAAGAUAUCAAUCGCUGCGAUAGCUCUUGCGACUUUGCACGCCAUUGGCCAUCUUACAGGAUCUUUCGUGUUUGGAAGUCGUACCAAUCGACAGGAAGCCGUGGCAGUACUCCUAGGGCCGGAUGCUGUGCCUAAAGCGUAUAUCGACUACGUUCGCUCUACACCUGGAUGGACUGGGCUGACGGCCCUGGGUUGCUUCUAUCUCCUGGCUCUGUUGAGCAUGCCGGUGAUCCGAAAAUGGAACUACGAAGUUUUUCAGCUAGGCCAUCUUCUAAUGUUUCCGAUUAUUGGCCUUCUGGCCGCUCAUGGCAGCACUCAACUACUCCAAUGGACCAUGCUAGGCUACUUUCUCGCAUUUCCCGCAAUCUUGAUCGUAUUUGAACGACUUCUCCGUAUUGUACAAGGCUUCCAUCGCAUCUCUGCAACACUGCAAGUACUUGAUAAGGAGACCGUGGCCGUGACGGUGCACAUACCAAAGUACCGCAUUUGGCCAUACAAAGCUGGCCAAUACGUCUUCCUACAAGUUCCCUCCAUUUCCUUGUUCCAGUGGCACCCCUUCACGAUUUCGACAUGCCACGAAAACGUUAUGCAAGUGCACGUUAAGAAUGACGGCGACUGGACCGGUAAACUUCAUGGCUUCGCCCAAGUCGGAGAAUCGAAACCCAUUCGCGUCGGUAUCGAUGGCCCGUUCGGCGCGCCCGCGCAACGCUUCCCAGACUUCGACUUCAGCAUGGUCUUUGGAGCCGGCAUUGGUGUGACGCCUUUCUCCGGUAUUCUCACAGAUCUGCAACAACAGGAAGAGGAAGAGCGGACACGCCUAGAAACCAAAGCUGCUGCUCGUAAAGAACAAGCUACCUCCGAAGGUAUUCCUGAUUCGCAGCUUCGGCAACUACCCACCAACACCUCCAUCGCGAGCCACUUUGCACGUUUCCGCCGCAUCGAUUUCCAUUGGCUUGUACGGGACCGGAACAACUUACUCUGGUUUGCCGAACUGCUAAAUACUGUGACCCGAGCGCAGCGUGAGGAAGAGCAUUCACCCACCAUCAAGAACCUCGAUAUCAAUAUUGUAACACAUGUUACGCAGAAACGCAAAGACAUUAGUGAGCAUGUUUUUCGCUGGCUCUUGGAGAUGCAUCGCACGGAUGAGCACCCGUGCUCGCCCAUCACAGGCCUACUGAACAAUACACACUUCGGGCGGCCAGACUUAGGACGCAUUAUGACCAGUCACUAUGAGGAUAUGAAGGUAUUGAGGAAAGAGAAGAGCUGGAGGCUGAAUGGUCUGAAGAAAGAUGAUAGUGAAGAGCUUAAAGUUGGUGUGUUCUUCUGUGGGCCACCGGUUAUUGGCUAUCAGCUUGCAGAUUGGUGUUGGCGAUUGACGGCGAGGGGGAGGGAGGAGGGUUGUAAAGUUGAGUAUUACUUCAUGAUGGAGGUAUUCGGGUAGUCACCGGUAUUCGAUGUCGUGUGACUUUUGUCAGACUCAUUACAUUGAGUACAACCGCCACGUUGUUGAAGGCAGGCACGAACUGGCGUUAUGUCGCCCUCGAACCACCUCAAGUCCAUUCGUGGAGUAGCCAUUAAGUUUUCUGGAUUUCUAGGCGAGACUUGUAGCUUCUCAGGAUGGCAGAUUUACUGUCAUGAUCGGGAUGUCAUAUAAGGUCUUAAUCCCAAGUAAGCCUACAAAUGAAAGCAUCGCAUCAUCGAUGAACGCUCAUAGUCUAACAGUGAGGAUUAUAUUGGCCU